CAACCCGGGGAGUUUAAGCUGAAGUUUGUUUUUGCAUUUCUCAGACUGGAUUAUCACUUGGCACCACUUUUGCGCACAACUCUACAGUGUGUUUUAUUUUGAAGCGCGCUGAAUAAGUCCCCACUCUUGAGUUUGAGUUUACGGAGGCUGCAGCAGAACUUUCCCUGGAGUCUUCCCUAGGUCCGUAUUCACUUCUAAUCACAUCAGAGGUCGUCAAGUUACGCACGGACACGGAGCGCAGUCACGUAGCUCCAAACCCGGGUAACUUGGAUCUUACCACUCAGCAUCUUUGGCAACUCUGGGGAGAACUUGUGUUGAACUUGUGCUGACUUCAGUGAUUAUUACACCUCGUUGUGCAUCUGCGUGGAGAGAGAGCGCGCGAAAUGAAUGUGGGUUUGCUGAUCGGGACUGCGGUGGCGCUCUUUCUGCUCCUCACACCUGCGCAGAGUCUACCCUCGCCAAGCAUUAACACCACACAACAAGUGCUGAUGUUUCAGGAGGUGUGGGGGCGGAGCUUCUGUCGAACCAUAGAGAAGUUAGUGGAGGUAGUACACGAGUACCCGUCAGAGGUGGAGUACAUCUACAGCCCGGCCUGCGUGCCUCUGGUCAGGUGCUCCGGCUGCUGUGGAGAUGAGAACCUGGAGUGCCACCCCACCCACACCUCCAACGUCACAAUGCAGCUGUUGAAAAUAAGACCAUCCCACCCAGGUCAAGAAUAUGUUGAGAUGAUGUUUGUGGAGCAUCAGACAUGUGAAUGUAGAACCAGGAAGCCGGAGGUGAAAGUACAAAGGAAAAGGCAGCGAGGAAAAGGACGAAAGAGAAAAGAAAGGCAGAAAAACAAAGAAUGCGAGAGAUGCCAGGUUCCACGUAGGUAACUACAGUGCCUGUCAUGACCCCCCUGUGGGCGCAGACUUCCAGCCCGGUGACUGAUGAAAGGGUGUCCCAUGCCAGGGCUCAGUGGGGCUCUGCUCAAGGGCCCUCCUGCUGCGGGCCGGCCUCUGUUAUGUUCUGGGGCUGGGACAGUGGAACACAGCGUAACACACCUGAAAUGAUGGACUUCUAUGGGAGCCAGUGCAAUUCUGAACCAAAAGGACUGAAGCCUUGUUUUUUUUAUAUUAGUCAUUUAUUGUAAAUUGUUGUUUUUAUUUAAAGGCUUGUUAACUGUAUUUAUUGAAGGAUGUAAAUAUGUGGACCAGUAGGCUACGCAUUAGUUUAUUUUAUUUUGCCCAAAACCAAGUCAAUAACUGACUGAUAAUGUCAUAGCCCACUGUUGUUAAGUUCGGUAAUGAAAUGUCUCCCUCUAGUGUUGAAUGUUUCCAAUAUGAUGGAACAGUAAUGGGUUAUAAAUGCAAAAUUAAACCAAAUAUGAAUACUGAAUAAUUUGUGCUUAUAGCUUAAUUUGAGUGUUUUUGUGCUUAGUCUGUUGUAUCCUAUACACAAUCACAUCACUGUACAAGCACACUUGUGAGUCAUUUCUGGUCCUUUCUG